AUGUGGACUUUUCUUAAAGUUGCGUUAUUUUGUGUAAUUUUGGGAUUAUCGGGUAUUUUUGCCGAAUCGAAAGCAGAAGAAUCAGCAGAAUUGGUUGAUGGUAGUGUGAGAAAUGGCCUGUUUUCAUUUAUUCCCAGAAUAACUGGCAGAGCCGGUGCUAAUUAUGUGCCAAUAUUUGAUAUUACAUCGUUUUUUAACAAUAAAGCUACUAAAGCGCCAGCACCAUCAAAAAAGCCAUCGAAAAGACCGACGAAAAGACCAACAAGGAGACCAGUAAACAGACCACCAUAUUAUCCGCCAUACUAUCCUCCAUAUUAUCCUCCGCCAUUUCCUCCACCCUCACAUUAUCCAUAUCCACCGCAUUAUCCCUACCCACCAUAUUAUCCACCGCCUUAUUAUCCACCGCCAGAAACUACUCCAUCGACAACAACCACGAGCACUACAAGCACCACAACAACGACUACUACAACACCUCCACCAACAACAACAACAACUACAACGACUACCACAACACCAGCUCCAACCACAACCACUACAACAACAUCCAGACCAUUUCCACCAUGGUGGCCAUUUCCUACACCAGCAACAGAUCCAACCACAACUACAACAACAUCCAGACCAUUUCCACCACCAUGGUGGCCAUUUCCGUUAAUGCAACCGAAUGUAGCUCCACUUCCCGGUACUCGUUGGCAGUUGGUUUUGGAUCAGAACCCCUACCAAAGGAGCAAUAGGGGAAGAAAAGCCAAAAUUAGUCAAUCCUCCAGAUAUAGGCGAAGAAAAAAGUGA